GUCUGAAACUCAUUAUUGGCUAAGCAAGUAGCCACGUAGCGCAAUUAUCCACCGUUGAAUAGUUCACUAAUGCAAACGACGUCGUUAUUGGAAUAAAACAGAAACCGCAUACGUCGAUUUUGUUCUCUCUCUGCGGACGAAGCUCUCUCUCUUUAGCUUCGAUCUCUCCCUCGCUUCGAUCUCUCUCUCGACUGCUACUCCUGGAAUGUACAUUUGUUGAUGGAAGUUUCUUCAGAAUUGAUUUCAAAAUCUCUGAGCUGAAGAUUCUUGACUUGGAACAAAUAUGCCUCACAGAACAAGGCCGUUGAAGGGACUCUUGCUUUUCACUGGAAUAAACUUUGUGUUGGUGCAGACCAUUACUCCAGUCUAUGACUUUGUCUGCUUCUUGCCUUACUGGGAGAGAAGGAGAGAGCGAAUCCGGCAGGAGCGUGAAGCCGCAGCUGCAUCCUUAAACUCAACACAAAAAGCUACUCAAGCAUCUGUUGGAUGAUGAACUCUUCUCUACAUCUUCUCAGUCUCUUAAAUCAGAAUUCCUCUUUGUAAGAAACUAGUUACCCUCUGAUUACUGAAUAUCUGAGAAGGCAUGUUCACAUUUCUGCUCUGAGCUUAGAUUCAUUGUAGCAAAUCUUGAAAGUUUCUGUGGAUUUUUCAAACACGUGUUAUUAAUCGUAGAUACUUUCAAAGAUUCUGAUCAUUGCCAAGAUCCAUGAACCCUACAUGUUUUUGAUAAGUGAGAUAGACUAUUAGAAAAAGGAACAACAUUAUAUUAUUUUCUUGAAA